UGAGCAUCUUCACGGCUACUUGACGUACCGCCGGCCGGCCAUUAAAUUUGGCCUCUCAUUUUACUCGAAUCAUUUGCAUUUGUCAAGCAUGGCGAGUUCUCUGGCGGCUUCCUUGGCAGUGGUCUUGCACGUCUGUGCUUCCCACGACUGCUUCAGGUACCCGCUCACCGGCGAUCCAUGCACCGUUAGCGGGUACCUCCUCGGCAACUCCACCAACUGCACCGGCGGAGACACCGAAGACUGCUGCGCGGCCGGCGUGCUGUACCCUCAGUACCUCUGCUCGCCGCCCGUCACCGGCGAGACGCCAGCGAGUAUGGUCAUCGGCAGCUUCGCGCAGGGCGGGGACGGCGGCGGCGCCGCGAGCUGCGACGGAAGGUACCACAGCGACGACGAGACGGUGGCAUCGUUGUCGACGGGGUGGUUCGAGGGCGGGUCGCGAUGCAACAGGAACAUCACCAUCAGCGGGAACGGCAGGCGGGUGGCGGCCACGGUGGUGGACGAGUGCGACUCGGUGGUCGGGUGCGAGGAGGAGCAGGGGUUUUAUCCGCCGUGCCGGAACAACAGGAUCGUUGCUUCGCCGGCGGUUUGGAAGGCGUUGGCGAUCCCCGAAGCCCUGAUUGGGGAUUAUAAUGUUACAUGGGCGGAUGCAUAUUAAAAGGGCUAGGUAGCUGCACCAUGAUGCUGUUUAAUUACACAAUUGUGCUCCCUUCAGAAUGG